GUGGAAACGCAGAAUUGUUGACCAGUGAUGGCGACUGUCACAGUUAGGUUGGUCCGUUCCUUUGAGUAUAGAAAUAUGAAGGCAAUUGUCCUGCGGGACGUCGAUUUGGAUAUAUCCAUUGAAGAGUUCAAAGUUUUAAUCACUGCAGAGAUCAAGAAAAGCUCAAUUUUGCCACCACCGUUUAAAACAUUUGCCUAUGAUACACUGAAAAUAGAGUACAAAGCACAUGGGUCAAAGACCAGUGAUCCUUUAAUAAAUACUACAGAUGAUGAUAAGCUAAUGCUGAAUCCAGAAAAAUCACUAAGAAAAAACGGCAUUGAGCACGAAACAGAAAUUUCAUACUUUAAGAAAGAAGAUUACCUGAAGUAUAAAGCCAACAAGGAAAUCAAGUGGUGACCAAAUCAUUCGGUAUAGUUGUAAAUUAUUGUACUCACUUUAGACAUGAAUUCAUUUUAGACAUUUUGAACAAACAUGUCUGACUAUACAAUACGAAAUAUGUAGCUGUAACAUAGUUUCAGUGCAGGUGUGCAGCAAUUUUUUAUUCUAAUUGUUGCUGUCCGCGAAAAAUUAAAUCUUUUAUGCAGUCCUGAAUGCUGCUAUCCAAUGACCAAAGCCUGCGGACUUAUAUAAAGAUAUAUGAAAAUUGCUGUUUGUUAAAGCAUCCAAGAGAAAAGAGUUCUCGCUAUUAAAAAUCAUAGA